CUUUAUAUAAAGCCACACAUCUCCAGCAAACACUCGUCAGUUCCACCACCAAACUCAAUUCCCUUCUCCCUCCUCAUUUCUUCAACCAUUGCACCUAUCUAUAUUAUGGGUAAUAAGGAGUGUCCAAAUGGCGUGGCGAUUCCGCCGCCGCAACCGUUUAUGAAGUCGUUGAAGUACUCGUUGAAGGAGACGUUCUUCCCGGAUGACCCGCUGAGGCAGUUCAAGAACCAGGCGGCGUCAAGGAAGGUGGUGCUGACACUGCAGUACUUCUUGCCGAUAUGCGAAUGGGGACCACGCUACACCCUCAGGUUCUUGAAAUCGGACGUUAUUGCCGGCAUCACCAUCGCCAGUUUGGCCAUUCCUCAAGGCAUCAGUUAUGCUAAGCUCGCCAACCUCCCUCCCAUUCUUGGACUUUAUUCGAGCUUUAUACCGCCAUUGAUAUAUGCAAUGAUGGGAAGCUCAAGGGAUUUGGCGGUGGGAACGGUGGCCGUUGGAUCACUUCUGAUGGCGUCGAUGUUGGGUAAGGAGGUUAAUUACAUCCAUAACCCGCAGCUCUAUCUACACCUCGCUUUCACUGCUACUUUCUUCGCUGGUGUCUUCCAAGCUUCACUCGGUCUCUUUAGGUUAGGGUUCAUAGUGGACUUUCUGUCACAUGCAAGCAUAGUAGGGUUCAUGGGAGGAGCAGCAACAGUGGUAUGCCUGCAGCAGUUGAAAUCAAUUCUGGGAUUGGAGCGAUUCACACACCAUGCUGAUCUUGUCUCCGUCAUGCGUUCUGUUUUCUCCCAAACUCACCACUGGAGGUGGGAAAGCGCAGUGUUAGGAUGCUGCUUCAUAUUCUUUCUUCUCAUCACUAGAUACUUCAGCAAACAAAAACCAAAGCUGUUUUGGGUGUCAGCAAUGGCGCCAUUGACAUCUGUAAUUUUGGGAAGUCUCCUUGUCUAUUUCACCCACGCCGAGAAGCACGGCGUUCAAGUGAUAGGAGAAUUGAAGAAGGGGCUAAAUCCAGCAUCGGUGACAGAUUUGGUAUUUGUGUCGCCUUAUAUGAACACUGCCAUCAAAACUGGCAUUAUCAUCGGCAUUAUAGCCCUUGCGGAAGGAAUAGCAGUUGGAAGAAGCUUUGCAAUGUUUAAGAAUUACCAUAUUGAUGGCAACAAAGAGAUGAUAGCUAUUGGCACCAUGAACAUUGUUGGUUCCUUCACCUCUUGCUACCUUGCAACAGGACCAUUUUCGCGUUCGGCUGUAAACUACAAUGCUGGGUGCAAGACUGCAGCAUCAAACAUAGUAAUGGCAAUAGCAGUGAUGUUGACAUUGUUAUUCUUAACACCAUUGUUCCAUUACACUCCCCUUGUGGUACUAUCUGCCAUUAUAGUAUCUGCAAUGCUCGGCCUCAUAGAUUAUGAAGCAGCAAUCCAUCUCUGGAAAAUCGACAAAUUCGAUUUCUUAGUCUGCAUUAGUGCAUAUAUUGGUGUCGUCUUUGGCAGUGUCGAAAUUGGUUUAGUAAUAGCAGUAGCAAUAUCUGUACUUCGUGUACUGUUAUUUGUUGCAAGGCCAAGGACAUUUGUUUUAGGUAACAUUCCAAAUACUGGAGCAUAUAGAAAUGUGGAACAAUAUCCCAAUGCAAAACACAUUCCUGGAAUGCUAAUUCUUGAAAUUGAUGCACCAAUUUACUUUACCAAUGCAAGCUAUUUAAGAGAGAGGAUCACAAGGUGGAUUGAUGAAGAGGAGGACAGAAUCAAAGCUUCAGGACUGAACAGUUUGCAGUAUGUGAUAUUGGAUAUGACUGCUGUUGCAAACAUUGACACAAGUGGAAUAAGUAUGUUUGAAGAGGUCAAAAAGAUUGUUGAGAGAAGAGGACUACAACUGGUUCUGGUGAAUCCUGGGAGCGAGGUGAUGAAGAAACUGCAUAAAGCAAAGUUCCUUGAUGAAAUAGGGCAGAGGUGGGUGUACCUAACAGUUGAAGAGGCUGUUGCAGCAUGCAACUUCAUGCUCCAUACAUAUCAACCAAACCCCAAGAAAGAUGAAUCAGGAGGAGGAUGGAACAAUGUCUGAUUCAAAUGUAAUUAAACACUGAUCUUGAUCAUGUAUAAGCCAAAAAUUUUGAAUCACAGCCAAGUUAUCAUAACAGUGUGUGACAUGAUGGAGAUAGUGAAAAUCAUACUUAGAGGGCAUCAUAGUAAAGACUAAAGAGGAAGAUGCUAAGUGUAUUUUAAUAAUUUGUCCAAGUUUGUGAGGCCCCAGUUGGAAGUUAACUAAAGAAGUUUCCAACAGAGGGUAUAUAGUCUAUGUACUGAGUUUGAUAAUCAAUGGAAUUGACAUGAAAGUAGGUGUAGUAGAGUUGAAAAGAAAUGAAAUGUUCUCUAUGAAAUGAAUAAUGUAUAUAGUUUAAUAAAUCUUAACCAAGAA